GUGCGGAAUGGAAGGGAAUUCAGAGUCAAUUGUAGACUAACCACAUCCACAUUCACUUGGAGCGCACCAAGGUCGGUUCAACUUCAUGACUCAUAUAAAUUGUCAGUUGCGCCGGCUCGUCAACGCUCCUUGCUGUUAAAAUGUUCUCGUGGUGCAUCAGCAAGUUUGGAGGCGCCGACCAACUCACCUUGACCCAACAGGACGGCUACAGACCACUGCCAGGGCCUCAAGAGGUGCUGGUCAAAACCUCGGCACACUCCAUCAACCCCAUCGACGUCCACGUCCUUGGCGGCUACGGUGCUCGCUUUCUUGGGCUCUUCAGGGACUUCCCGCUGACCCUGGGCCGCGACUUUGUUGGAGAGGUGGUCACCUGUGGGCCUAAAGUGACCAAUUUUCAGCCUGGAGACCGCGUCAUGGGAAUGUUGCCGCUAUUGAAGCAGGGCACGCACUCAACUUUCCUUGUUGUUUCUCAGGAAAAUGUUGUGAAGAAGCCUGCCAAUUUGGAGGACAUUGAGGCUGCGUGUCUGCCCUUGGCUGGAAUGACAGCCUGGUGUGUUUUGAAGACAUCAGGUUUGAAAAACGCCAGGGUUUUGGUUUUGGGGGGCUCCGGAGGGGUCGGAUCGAUUGCUGUCCAAAUGCUCAAGGCCUGGGGAUGUCAGGUGGUGACAACUUGCAGCAAAGAUGCAGUGCCUCAGUUGGAAGCUUACAAGCUACUCAAGGUGAUUGAUUACAGAAGCGCCGAUUACAACAAGCAGAUUGAAUUCAACGGACCGUACAAUUUGAUUUUCAACGCAGCUGGUAUGUUGGGCACUCCCCACCUGGAGAACUUGAAGAAGUGGCAGUUGUCCAAGUACGUGACCAUCACCCACUCCUUCAUGACCAAUACGGACGUCUACGGUCUCAUCUUUGGAAUUCUCAAGAGUCUCAUAGAAAUAAUCGCCCUGAAUAUUUUCUCCCUCGCAACUCAAGGGGCCGUGGUCAAGUGGGGCGCGGUGACCCCUUCUUCAAAAGGGUUAGAGGAAUUGGCCCACUUGGCCAGCGAGGGCAAAAUCCAGCCCUUGAUUUACAAGACGUUCAAGUUUUCCGAGAUGCCACUGGCCUUCAAGUGCCAGCAGGAGGGACACACCAGAGGAAAGAUUGUCGUCGCCAUGGACAUGUGAAUACAUGGUUAUGUUUAAUAAUUGAUUAAAAUUUUCUACAUCAACUAUUGGAGUUUAAAAAAUUAAAGUGAAUAAUAGCAAUAGCUCUGCAUUUUGGGUUUAAAAUUAAAUUAAUCUAAUAGAUGACGGCCUUUUUGACAUAUGAUUUCUACCAGUACAGAACCUGCGCUGGUUGUGAGAGAUCUUCAUAUUAAAGUGGGUUAAAUAUUUAAAACGCUCCUCAAAAUUUCCUCUUAAUAAUCAUCCGGACGUGUCCGUUGGCAAUAAGCUUUUUGGUGCUAUAACAAAUUUCCAUCUCAUGUAAUCUUCAGUCAAAAUGAGUCUUGACGUAAAAAAAAUAUCUUCAUAUUUUGCAAAUGAAGACAUGCUAGUGGGUCAGACUUCAUUUAUUAUGUCAGUGUAAAUAAAAAUUAAAAAAACUUA